CACAAGGGCACCCAACGGAAUCAUCGGAAUCAUCGAAAAGGACCCGUCCCCUGAUUCGUCCUCCAUUUGAAUCCACUUAUUACACCCCCCUCCUAUUUCUCUCUCUCUCUCUCAUGCAUUACUGCUCUCAGUAACUUCUCUCUCCUCCCUCUAAUGGCGGCCAAAAAGGCCAUAGAGUCAUUUUCGAAGGCCCUCGUCGACGACGUCCAGCGAUGGGCGGAGAAGAAACAGACGGGGGUGAGCCUGAGGUACAUGACGGAGUUCGGAGCGAAACCCCCGGAGAAAUUCCUCCUGAUUUCUUCCCAAUUCCUCCACAAAGAGCUCCCCGCUAGAAUCGCAAGGAGAGCCGUUGAGCUCGAGAACCUCCCCUUUGGCUUGUCCCAAAAACCCGCCGUCUUAAAGGUCAGAGAUUGGUAUUUGGACUCCUUUCGUGAUCUUCGAUCCUUCCCAGAGAUCAAGGAUUCAAGUGAUGAGUUAGCAUUCACCCAAAUGAUCAGGAUGAUCAAAGUGAGGCACAAUAAUGUGGUACCUGCCAUGGCUUUAGGAGUGCAGCAGCUAAAGAAGGACCUCAAUCCCAAGGCUGUUUCUAAAGAUCUGCAAGAAAUCCAUCAAUUUCUUGAUCGCUUUUACAUGUCAAGGAUUGGAAUUCGUAUGCUUAUAGGACAGCACGUGACUUUGCAUGAUCCAGACCCAGAACACAGCCUAAUAGGUCAAAUAAAUACUAAAAUGUCUCCCAUGCAUGUGGCCCGGAUUGCUAGUGAAGAUGCUCGCAAUAUAUGCUUGAGGGAGUAUGGGAAUGCUCCUGAAGUUAACAUCUAUGGAGAUCUCAAUUUUACCUUCGCGUAUGUUCCGUCACACUUGCACCUUAUGGUAUUCGAGUUAGUUAAGAACUCUUUACGUGCGGUUCAAGAACGGUAUAUGAAUCCUGAUAAAGAUGCUCCUCCUGUCAGAAUAAUAGUCGCUGAUGGAAUAGAGGACGUGACCAUAAAGAUAUCAGAUGAAGGCGGUGGUAUAGCAAGGAGUGGUCUUCCAAAAAUCUUCACCUAUCUUUAUAGUACCGCAAAAAAUCCAUUAGACGUAGAUCUCGGAGUCGAUGAUGGGGUCACUAUGGCUGGAUAUGGCUAUGGGCUUCCAAUCAGUCGACUCUAUGCUCGAUAUUUUGGAGGUGAUCUGCAAAUUAUUUCCAUGGAAGGCUAUGGAACUGAUGCUUACCUUCAUUUAUCUCGGCUUGGCGAUUCACAAGAACCCCUGCCAUGAUGCUUUGCAAGAUCGUUCUUUGCUUCUAUUUGAAGUUCAAUCAUUUGUACAUUUGUACAUCGCCCAGCUGACCUGACUGCUGAUUCUUCUUUUAAUCCAGACAUAUCAGAUGCAUCAUCUACAUCCCGACUGGGGAAAUGUGCAUUGCAUACUUCAGUAUUUUUCUCUGUUCUUCCUUUGAGGAUGAAUGUGUUCAAGUUCUGAUAUUCUGUUUAGAUUCUGAGGAGAGUGGAGUAGAAAGAAGUGGGAUUUAGAUCCUCUCCAAUUAUGUGGUAAUUGAAGACGGUCCAAUUCUCUCAAUCCUUACCGCCUAUCUCAAUUCCAAUUAUCUCCAAUGAUAUGUACAUACUCAUAUUGCAGUUGAAAAACCAUCGGUCUCUAUCAAUUAGCUACAUCUGGUUCGAGUUUCUAAAUGUAAUGUGUAGAGAGCAAGUUUUAGCUGAUGCUUAAUGCCAAGGUGAGAUGUAUGUGAUGUGCUCAUCCCCUCUGUAUCAGUCUCUUUUGAACUUUCUGCUGAAGUUUCUUGUUGUCUGAGCUGUUAUCGUUGCUAUUUGAAUUUGCACAUACCUCGGAAAGCCGAGAUCAAUGCAAUCUAUAAAAAAUUUGCAGCA